AUGACGGACGAAUAUAAUACUUCGACAGAUUUGAAUAUGGCAACUGGUGAAGAAGAUACAGAAGAAGCAAUAGUCACUAAUAAAGAUGAACCUAUGACAACAACUAUUGAUGAAAAUGGUUAUGAAUCUGAAUGUAGUUCAAGUUCGAGAAGUGAAGAAGAUGUAGCUUGUUCGGCACUUGAAAUUGAAGCUGAUGCAUUUACAAGAUUUAUUGAACGACAACGUAUGGAAGUCAUGUUUGAAUUACGUCGUUUACGUUUGGGUGAACGACCUGUAACAGGACAACAUAAUCGAGAAAGAAUUGAAACAUUUCUUAAUAAUAUUCAUGAACAUCAACAAGAAACAAGAGUUCCAUCGACACGACCAGCACCACCUAGUGCUCAUAUAGCUGAUAUUAAUGCAUUAACCAAUCGUCGAUGUGUAUCAGCAGCAUUAGGUAGUGCUGCUUUUCGACAAGAUCUAGAAAAUACUAUUCGUAAUACAAUUGGAACUCGACCAGUAGUACCAGUACAACAAACUCCACGAACAUCAAGUGUACCACAAGUUUUAGCUUCAGUUAAUGUCGAACAACAACGUCCACAGAUCAUUCCAACAGUACCUCAAAUUCCUAUCGAACAGCAAUCAUCACGUACACCUUCCAACGUUGAAAGACAACAACGUGAAUUCGAAGCAUGGGACGCAAUAACACAAUUACAACGUGAAAGAAUUGUUUUAGAAAUUAGUGAUCUUGUCCAUCGACAAUUAGUAACAAGUGCUUUAGAAAGUGAUUUUCGUAGACACCUCGAACAAAAUGUUUUAAAUCGUUUGGAACACGGAGCACCUGCUGAACAACAACAACAAGCAGCACCUACGGCUAUAAUACCACCAGUUCCUACUCAACUGCCACGAGUCAAUGUUCAUGCCUCUGCUUCGAAUAUUGAUGCAUUAUCAGCACGUCUUGAUACAAUGCAACAGAUGCUUCAACUUGUGUUUACAAUGCAAAUGGAUAUGCAAAGAUCAUUACGUCAAGAUGUAGCAAGUGCUUUAGCUAAUAAUUCUACAACAACAAUGAAUUCAACAACUCAACCAAUACAAUCUGGUCAUUGUACUGUUUGUUUAAAUGCUAUUGCUGAUACAGUUCUUUAUCGUUGUGGUCAUCUUUGUGUUUGUUAUGUGUGUGGAUUACAACUUCAACAAGGUAGAACAACACAUGCUGUUAAAUGUCCUAUAUGUCGUGCUCCAGUUGAAGAUAUUCUUCGUGUUUAUCGAAGUAGUCGUGAUGGAGAAUAA